GUGGCAUGAUGUCCACGCAGUGCGAGCCGGAUGAGCGAGGAGAACGAUGAGGAAUGUCUGGACAAUUCUGGCUUGUCCUCGCUGUCAGGGAGCUCUUGCGUCCAAUGGAAUGGUGUUAGCAGGCUCAGCAUGGAGCACCAGAGUACGGUUUCUAGGGACGUCAACUAAACUGCCAAAAAAAUUAAAAUAUGCUGGUGCGGUUCCGACCAUAAAAUUGAUUGAAGAAAGUGGUGAGGCCGAGAGGAUUAUUAGAAAAGGUGUCGUUUGGAGGUUGCCAAAGAUCUACCUAAAACUCAGCAAAUACCGGCUCACAGGAUUGGUUGUAUUGACUGCUAUGGCUGGCUAUGGGAUAUCUCCAGGCGUGGUGUCGAUGGACACGCUGCUGUGGCUCUCCCUGGGAACAGGCCUGUGUGCUGGAUCUGCCAAUGCCAUCAAUCAGAUCCUUGAGAUCCCCUACGACUCGAUGAUGGGUCGCACAAAGAACCGUGUGUUGGUGAGAGAACAAAUUAGCAUUCCGCAUGCGCUAAUGUUUGCCGCCGUGAGCGGACUCGGCGGCGUCACCAUCCUCGCAUCUAUGGUCAAUCCGCUUACUGCGGCUCUCGGCGGGUUCAACCUCCUUCUCUACACGGCUGUUUACACUCCUCUCAAACGAUACACCAUAGCCAACACAUGGAUCGGAUCGAUCGUAGGAGCCAUACCGCCCAUGAUGGGAUGGACCGGCUCGAUGGGGAGUCUAGGUGCGGGGGCGUGGCUUCUAGGCGGUUUGCUAUUUUCGUGGCAGUUAGUCCAUUUUCAUUCGUUGAGUUGGAGUCUAAAGGGAGACUACGGCCGAGGGGGAUACCAAAUGGCGGCCUCGCUGAACCCAACUCUAUGUAGGAAAUCGAUGCUGAGACAUAGUCUCGCGCUCAUCCCUCUCUGUACAGUCGCUCCCAUGCUGGACGUCACAACAUGGUGGUUCGCUCUCGAUUCGUUGCCGCUCAAUUGUUGGUUUGCCUGGAAGUCGUGGCAGUUCUAUAACAAUUCCGACAACAAGUCGGCUCGUAGAGUCUUCCAGCUGAGCCUCUUCUAUCUUCCGGCACUUCUGUGUCUUAUGAUAAUCAACAAGAAGAAUCUGCAUACUGCAUACGACGAAGACGCAAACAAGGACAACCAGGAGGAGCAUCAGACAGGCAUGAUACAGAUGAAUAGCGGCGGCAUUUCUAGUGGUGUUGUACAAGUUAUGGUGACAGACGAUCAUAACACGACAAAUUGUUAACCAUUUUAUAAUAAUAGAAAAUAUCUCUGUACACUACGGUAUUUGUAAUAUACAAAUGUCUCUAACGUUAGUCGCCGUCUAGUCGAGGAAGAAGAUAUUG